AAAAUACCAAGCUCUGGGAGAGCUCUUAAAAACUAUUAGAUUAGAUUUUUAAUCCUUCCUGCCACCAGUCUUGCCCUAAUGGCAGAGUUCAACAUUCCGGUAGAACAGAGCUUCGCCUCCAGUAAACACUAUUUGGAUAUUUCCAGGAACGAUGAAUCUCCGCCUGAUAUACUCUCUCCAGAUAUGUUUGUGCACUCUGGUACCCCGGAACAGGGCCACGGCUGCUUCAACCGAGAACAUACACCGAUCAGGCCUUCCCACAUUAUCUCCCCUAUAAAACAGGAUCUUCCAGGAUACAUGUGCGUAGGAGUGGUUGAGUCUCCAUCCAAGCUUCUUCCACAGAACGAACAGUACCAUCUCAAUAAGGUAAGACACAGUUCAGAGAGCGGUGCCCACUACAAGUACGAAGACCUCACUUCUGUUCGUGAAUUUCCUGCUAGCUUCCAGCCACGAGCUACUGCAAAUAUGCACCACAAGGAAAAGGUCAGUAACUGGCUCUUAAAUGUUCCUGUGUACAAACUUUCAGAGGGGGAAUGGACUAACGAUUGCUAUCCUGGUGUGGUGAAUUCUGAAUCGGAAUCGUCAGGCAGACCAGAAGUUGCAGACGUUCAGGAUGUGAUCGAACUACAAGCAAGACGUAUCACAUACUAUGCCAGCAAGUGCUACUUCUUAGACCCCACCGAGCCAACUGCAUGUCCGGAAAUGGACUACGAUGGCGAUGCUGACGACGAAGACGACGAAGAGAUCUAUGUGCAGCAAAUGGACUCGAUGAUGGAUGCAAUGGAUCAUGAAUUCGACCAGUACGACAGCACGGGGAAUAAUUAUAUUUUGACUCAUGAUAAAUCGCAACGCCCGUUGUCCCGAAUGUUGAGUGACGAAAUUCCAAGGCGUGGGAACUUGAGGACAUAAGGUGUUUUGAUCCUAUGUAUCACCACUAUCCACACUAUUUAUAUGGAUGCAUCGGUCUAUCGGUUUUGGGUUGUUUGAAAAGCAUCUCUCGAACACAUCAAUUAAUUCAUAAAUUGAUAUUCACUUUCAGAGGUUUCACCGAACGGUAUUCUUCGUGUAUCUUGACAUCAUGCCGAGCUUUCUUGGACAAAUGUUACACGAUUCUC